ACCAGUGUGACUAUUCUGCAACACAAAAGGCCACUCUGGACAACCACAUAGCAGCACAACACACCGUUGAGAAACCCAACAUGUGUGGGGAGUGUGGGUACAGGACAAGUCGAAAAUUUGCCUUAACCAGACACAUGAGAACCCAUGCAGGAGAAAAACCCUACAAGUGUGGGGAGUGUGGAUACAGGACAGUUCAAAAGUCUCACUUAUCCCGACAUAUGAGAACCCAUGCAGGGGAAAAACCCUACAAGUGUGACCAGUGUGACUAUUCUGCAGCACAGAAAGUCCAUUUGGACCUCCAUGUGGCGGCAAAACAUACCGGUGAGAAACCCUACAUGUGUGAGAAGUGUGGGUACAGGACAGUUCGAAUGUCUGACUUGUCUAAACAUAUGGAAAUCCAUAUUGGAGAAUGAACAAGCAAAUGAAACCAGCACGACAGUUACUAAAUCCUUUUUCGACCACCAUAUCGCAAAACACACUACAUAGAAAAACAAGCUGGGUAUUCAGUGUCACAAAUCUGAGCUGUGGACGCAUUGAACUCUGAUGAGAGACAGCCAUAUAAUCUGAUCCCGGAUUUGUGGACAGUCUGGAUACAGGACUAGUGACAGUUCGGCCCUGUGCGGCUCUUUAAAACAUUAAGGGUGCUUCUCACAGUACUUCUACAAUAUGACUAUUGUCAGACUGUUACCGAGAGAAGCCAUGUGGACUUGAAAGGUGAUGCUGCAUGAGAAACGUAUCUUAAACUUCUCAAGUUGAUGUAUCGAAAUUCUACUGUUUAAGGUAGAAUUAUUGAUAGAUGACUUGAUAGAUGCGCAUAGGAUAAGUAGAUAGACAUUUUCAGAUAGGCUGUCCAAAGCAUGGACUUUGGACGAUAUAUAACAAAGUAUCAAAAACUAAUGGUUUGUUAUAUACAUGUGUAUCUAACAUUUGUACCGUUUUGAAAUGAUAUUUUCUCUACUUGCUUUGCAUAUAUACUGUUUUAGAAACAGUCUAACCUGUAGUGAAUACUAAAAGAAAAUAAGCGACCACACAAAAGCAGUGGUCUCGGUGAAAUGAUUUUACUGCUGUUUGUCAGCUAACCUGCAAUGUGAUCGAGAAAUGAAGGAGUAGAAAUGUAAUAUGGUAGAUAUGUAGUUUUAUAGAAUAGUUUUUUUUACAAACUUGUUGUUUUCUGAUAAUUCCUGUUAUUAUUGUUAAGGAGGAAACUUUACACUUGAGUUCGUUUUAUCUAACUCGUACCCUCUAAUCUAUGUAUUACUAAGUUAGUAUAGUCCAUCAUUAAUAUGAAGUAUACUCCAUGAAGCUGUGUGAGAAUUUAGAAGUAACACAACCUCUGGCACCACCACCCGUGGAAUACCAACCCCACUGUCUGUAGUGCUAACUCAAUAGAAUACAAGAUUU